AUGGUUGCUACCAAUGGAGGUAAGAAGGUGGUGGUUGUACCACAUUCAAUGGGUGCUCUGUAUUUUUUGCAUUUCAUGAAAUGGGUCGAGGCACCUGCACCAAUGGGGGGUGGUGGUGGGCCAAAUUGGUGCGCUAGGCACAUAAAGGCUGUAAUGAACAUCGGUGGACCUUUUCUGGGUAUUCCUAAGGCAGUUACAUCAUUGUUCUCUGCCGAAGCCAAGGAUAUAGCAGUUGCAAGGGCCCUUGCGCCAGGUAUUAUGGAUAAGGAUAUAUUUGGUUUUCAAACAUUGCAGCAUGUGAUGCGAAUGAUUCGCACUUGGGACUCGGCUAUGUCAUUGUUACUAAAGGGUGGCGAGACUAUCUGGGGUGGAAUUGAUUGGUCCCCUGAAGAAAGUCACAAGUGCAAUUCAAAGAAGACAAUCAUCAACGGCCAAAAAUCACGUCAUAGCAAGACCACUGAUUUGCCCAAUUUUAGCAGCAUGAAGUAUGGAAGAUUAUUAUCAUUCGGAAAGGAUGUCACAGAGUUACAUUCAUCAAAGAUCGAGCGUAUUGACUUUCGGGGUGCUUUGAAAGGAAGAAAUUUGGCAAACAUGACCUGCCGUGCUGUAUGGACAGAGUACCACGAUAUGGGAAUCGAGGGAAUCAAAGCAGUAGCAGAUCAUAAAUUGUACACAGCUAAUUCAGUCUUGGAUCUGCUUCGCUACGUUGCGCCAAAGAUGAUGAAGCGUGGAGAGGCCCACUUUUCAUACGGAAUAGCCGAUAACCUGAGUGACGAGAAAUACAAUCACUACAAAUACUGGUCAAACCCCCUCGAGACAAAAUUACCAAAUGCUCCCGACAUGGAGAUAUUCUCGAUGUAUGGAGUGGGGAUCCCAACCGAACGAGCAUACGUGUACAAAUUCAGCCCUGCCGCAGACUGCUUCAUCCCUUUCCAGAUCGACUCGUCGGCCGAGGGCCGGGACCACAGCCACUGUCUGAAAGGGGGAGUUUACUCUGUGGAUGGAGAUGAGACGGUCCCUGUCCUGAGCGCCGGGUUCGCGUGCGCCAGGCUCUGGCGGGGAAGGACGAGGUUCAACCCCUCAGGCACACGCACCUUCGUGAGAGAGUACAGACACACUCCUCCCUCGACACUGCUCGAGGGCAGGGGGACAAACAGUGGGGCCCAUGUAGACAUCCUGGGAAACUCUGCCCUGAUCGAGGACAUCAUCCGGGUGGCGGCGGGAGCCGGUGGGGAGGAUUUGGGCGGGGACCGGGUGUAUUCAGAGAUCUUCAAAUGGUCGGAUAGGAUUAAGCUGAAACUACUCUGCAUGCGGGUCGAUAGUGAAUCAUGUAUCGAGUCUAACUAUGUGGUAUCUAACCGACUAACGAAUUGCAUGCCAUUGCUUGGGAAGAUGGCCGAGUACAAAGUGGUGGACUCGAACGGAAAUGUUCUGUUGUAA